AGAGCAGCACUGGCUCAGGUCCGUGUGCAGCCGCCUCCACUUUGUACUCCUGGGGAAGGAAGAUCCGGGCUGUGGGGGGAGGGGCUGGGCGCGGGUCAUGCCAGCACCUCCCUGGGCAGUGCUGACCAGGAGACUGGGUGCUCUUCAUCCAGGCCAUCCCAGCCGGGGGAAUCCUGCCUCCCGUCCUCCUCCUGGCCCGUGCCCUCUUCAGCCUCUUGCUCUUCUCAUCCUCAUGUGUCCUGCACACUUGAUGCUACCUUCAGCUUCUCCUCCCGGACGGUCCUGCAGUUGCCCUCACCCCGUCCCGGCUGGACAGUGGGGUGUUUGCUAAAUUGUGCAUUGUACUUUCAAGAACACCUUCAGUGGUCUUUCUGUGGGGAGAAUCACUCCGGUGUUCCUCACUCGGCCUUUCCAUUUUUCUCCUGCAGGCAUGGUUGCCUUUCAGCGUUCUGGGAUUUUCUGUGUACUUGGGACUGGAAUGUAAAGGUCUCAAUGACAGCACUUUGUAAGCUAAUGUCACUUUGCGAUGUUCGCCACCACCGUGGGCAUGCUGUAAUCUGUGCUCCUUCCUUUUCUUUCUAGAACGAGAUCGGCAGCCCCUUGCCCGCCCGAGUUCUCGGCUUCCUCUGGGGGCGUGUGAAUGGCCUGCCCCCCCCAUGCGUUGUGUCGCAUCUCUCUCUUGCUGCUUCGUGUCUGGCGGGGGUUUGGGUGGUUCUUUUGGCCCAGCGCUGCCUCCGCUCUGCGCUCGCCCUUCCCCGGCCCCAGGGUCCGUGUGCUGUGUGGUCAUGCCUCCAUUUCCUCGGCCCUGCCCUGGACAGAACCUUGGUUGGGGACGGCUGCCUCUCGGCCACGCAGGCAGAGUGGAAGAGCUCUCGCUCCCUGCCCUCGCGAUUGAGCCCGGCCAGGCAUUGGGGUGCCCUGCACACUUGCUUCCGUUGUUGAGCUUCCCGAGCUUUGGCUGCGGCUCAGUGGUCCUGCUGUCAAAAGCCCGAGCCUUUGCUGUCCAAGCCCGAAGGCCCAUCAGUGGUAGCUGCGGGUAUGGGAAACUGAGUCCUGGAGACCCUGGGCGGAAGAGAUCGGUGUUGGCAUAGACCUCGGGAUUGUGCAAAGCACCAGGAAAACUCUCCAGAAGAUGCAGAAGGGUCGUUGCGCCAGAGAGAACUGCAAAUAUCUUCAUCCGCCCCCACACUUGAAAACGCAGCUGGAGAUCAACGGGCGCAAUAACUUGAUCCAGCAGAAGAACAUGGCCAUGUUGGCCCAGCAGAUGCAUCUGGCCAAUGCCAUGAUGCCGGGAGCCCCGCUGCAGCCAGUGCCAAUGUUUUCAGUUGCACCGAGCUUAGCAACCAAUGCAUCUGCGGCCUUUAACCCCUACCUGGGGCCCGUGUCCCCAAGCCUGGUUCCUGCUGAGAUCCUGCCCACAGCGCCCAUGCUGGUGACGGGGAACCCUGGUCCGGUGCCUGCGGCAGCAGCGGCCGCCGCACAGAAGCUGAUGCGCACCGACAGACUAGAGGUGUGCCGGGAGUACCAGCGCGGCAACUGCAACCGGGGCGAGAAUGACUGCCGGUUUGCACACCCCGCGGACAGCACCAUGAUCGACACGAACGACAACACGGUGACGGUGUGCAUGGACUACAUCAAGGGCCGGUGCUCCCGAGAGAAGUGCAAAUACUUCCACCCGCCCGCACACCUGCAAGCCAAGAUCAAGGCCGCCCAGUACCAGGUCAACCAGGCCGCCGCCGCCCAGGCCGCGGCCACGGCCGCCGCCAUGACUCAGUCGGCUGUCAAAUCACUGAAGCGACCCCUCGAGGCAACCUUUGACCUGGGCAUCCCUCAGGCCGUCCUCCCCCCGCUACCAAAGAGACCCGCUCUCGAGAAAACCAACGGUGCCACCGCAGUCUUUAACUCGGGUAUCUUCCAGUACCAACAGGCCCUGGCCAACAUGCAGUUGCAACAGCAUACCGCCUUCCUCCCGCCAGGCUCAAUACUGUGCAUGACACCCGCUACAAAUGUUGUUCCCAUGGUGCACGGCGCUACGCCAGCCACUGUGUCCGCGGCCACCACAUCUGCCACAAGUGUGCCCUUCGCUGCCUCAGCCACGGCCAACCAGAUACCCAUAAUAUCUGCCGAACAUCUGACUAGCCACAAGUACGUCACCCAGAUGUGAGCUAUCAGCAUUCAACAAUCACACUGAAGAGGAAGGGCAGUGUGCUUGGUUAGAAGAGCGGAUGGGGUCAUUAGCCAUACUGUAUAUACCCUCGAGCAACAUCAAAACCCUCAGCCCACGACAUCACUAGUGCAUGUUAACCGGAAGAAGAGACCACGCGGCGCCACUGCACACUGUCGCUGUACACUCUGUACAUUGAAUCGAUAUUUGUGCUGAGGUGAUACUCCUGUCCUAAAGAACAACAUUCAUUCUUUUCUAGCACAGAGUUAUGCAUACAGAUGUGCAUACCUAUUUAGUUUCCUAUGUAUCCAUACCAUUUUGAAAAGACAGACUAUGGUGUAACCAUGACUCUAUUAUUAUGUAUUGGUACGUCUGUAGACCAAGGUAUAAUUUAAAAAAAAAAUAAGUUUAUUUCUUUCAAGGUUUACAAAUAACAAAGGUGCACCUUGUAUUUAAAAUUGCCAUUAUAGAUGAGAGAGUGCAUGCACAGUCCUUUUUGUUUAAGAGUAAUAUUUUUACUGUACUGGAUCGUGGGAGGGAGCUGACAGAUGAAUGUGCCAAGCGAAACCACGACUGUGUCUGUUGUAAAGCACACCUGGCUUUAAGUACCAUGUUGUCAAGGAUUUCCAUGAAGUGCCAUAGACUGUACAUCGAGCUAGAGUAUUAUUUCUUCAGUGUUAUUAUUUCCAGAGCCACAUUUUGUUGCUUUCUUGCUAGUUCUCAUCAAUCAAAGGGCACCAUACUUUUUCUUUUUGAAACCAAAGCUGUCUCAGAAAUGGCGAAACUAACUUUACAGUAACAAUAGACAGCACAACACAAACUCUCAAUACAAAUAAACUCACAUACUGAAGAUAUAUAUAAGAUAUAUAAAUAUAUAAAAUAUAUAAUUACUUUAAUGCACUCUAGUGUAAUAUUUAUGCAUACUAUACUAUAUAACAUGUUAUUCAAAAGGGAUAUGCCAUUUCUGAGACACAGUAACAAAAAAUGAUGAAAUUAUUUUGCUUCUAUAUUUAUAGCCUCUGUCAAGUCAGAAAGACUCUAAACGCUUUGCAAAAAUGGUUUUAUGUUUGCUCACGUGCUUCCUCACAGUCACAUUUAAAAUAGUGACUCUAAAGAAAGACAAGAACAGCACUGUCAUCAGAUGCAUGAUAAACCAAAAUAUGAAAAUGAGAAAUGUUUAAUUAACCUAGUAACUGGGUGGGUUAAUAAGUACAUGGGUGAAUUUUAUAUGUGAUUUUUUUUGUUUUGAUUUGUUCAGAUUAACUGCAUAUAGCCUUAGAAAGCCUUUUACAAAAUUAAAAAAAAUAGAUGUGCAUUCAGUUUUUAAGAAUGGAUUGUCCAAAGGAAUUCCUUUUUUAGUGGGUUGGAUGUGGAAGCUUGUAGAGGAUAUUUUUGCUCUGCCCAGCAGCUCGGAGGGGCACUGGCACGGGGCCAGGUCACUGGUAACUCUUGUGAGGAGUGGGAGAAGAGAGGGUUUGGUUGUAGAACCUUCCAUACUUCCAGGUUUACUGCAAGUUUUUAUGCUUGAGAGAAAUGCUUUCUAAUAUAAGACUGGUGUGUUGAUUUUACUGAUUGCACUGUGCAUCUAUUAAAGCCUUAGAUUAUGACAUUACGGGUUGGAACCCAUACCAAUGUAAUUUCAGUCAUGUUGAGAGAGUUACGGUGACUUCAUAUGUUAGUGUAGUUUAGUUCAUUACAGAAUGUUGCUUAUUAUUUCUUGUUAAAAGGUAGUUUUUCAUUUCCUACAUUUAUUAGAUUUUCUUUUCUAUUAACAAUGGAAUACCAUUUCAGUUUAUAGACUAUUGUUUUAUUAGCUUUUACUGAUGAAUUUUUCAAAAUACAAAAAAAGUAGGUUUUCUUCAUAACAUACUUAGUUUUGAAUUACAUGUAGUGUCCUAUGAACAUUCAUAUUAUUAACUAAAUGAUUUAUAUUUUACUGAUUUAAUAUUACAGUAUAAGAAUGUCAGUCAUUGUUAGUUCUUGUCUAGUUUUCAUUAAAAGAACAAAGAUCUUUUAUAUGGAUAUCUUAUAAAUAUAUAAUCAUUGCUAAGUAAGACAUUAAGUUGUUGCUGCUGCAGCAAUCCUGGCAGACAAUUGAGUAAUAUUUUGAUGAUUUAUUUUGUUUGUAAUUAGUUAUUAUAAGAAGAUCUAGAGCCUAGAUAUUAGAAGAAAAUUUAUUUUCUACUGUAUCCAUUUCAAAUGUUAAAAUAUUGUUUCAUAUUUUUGAAAUCCCUGAAUAUCAGGCCUUGUUAUAAAUAAGCUGCAUAAUCAAUAAAUAGAACAAGGGACUUUCUGUUGAUAAUCCAAAUACUCAAAGUUUACGUAAUGAGAAAUAGAGCGUGUGUGCAAACUCUUGAGGGUAAAUUAUGCUGCACUUCGGCAUGUCGGAGAGUCUAGAGAGAAGGUUGACUUUUUGCACUUCUGUAUAUAGUCAAAAGAGAGAAACCUGUAUAAUAGUAAGAUCUUAUUUUGAAUAAAAACGUCUAUAAUUACAAGGAGUUUUGUUAAGGCUAAUAAAAUGACAGACUGAGCAAAAUUGCUUGCGAAAGAGGCACAGAGUUAGCACUCUACCCCUUCAAACAUGUCGCUUUGCUUUUUUUGUGGACAGCUUGUAGUUUGCCAGGAUUUUUUCAGCCGGAAAGAUGGCGCCAUCCUCCUAAGAUCUCAUGACUGUCAAAAGCUCCUUUGGGCCAAACCUGCCUGGAAGGUCAUUACCGCAAACGGCAGGCGCUUUGAACACUGAGAUCAAAUCAUGGAUCAAAUAGUCCUUACAUUGUUCAAAACUACUGCAUGUUUAAAACUUCAACAACGACGACAAAAGUGAGGGAAAGAACUAUACUAUGGUCGUAUAAUAUUCAAAUCAGUUUCUGCCAGUUUCACUGGUGUAGUAUUGUUCACACAAAGAGAAAUGUUCAAAACAAGUAUUGACUUUCAAAAAAAAAUUAGAACCAUAAGCAGGCAAACCAAACAGCACACUGUAUCUAUAGUUGUUAUGUGGUUGUUUUUAAUUGCUGUAGGAUCCCGUUCUUUCAGCAGGUGAAAACAAAAAUCCAACACAGUUGAGUUCCCCCGGUUGUCCGGACGCCGGACGCGGGUUCAAGGAGCCGGUGUCGGGCUUCCUGCGCUCGGUGGCGGGGUGCCACUGGCCGGCCUAGGUCUGCUGUGCCGCCCCCCCUCUGCUGAAAGGAGAAACAUGCUUGGUUUUAUAUUAUGUAAUCACAACUUACUUUCUGCUUGUAGUUGCUUAAAAUUAUGUAUUUUGUCUUGGGCUGCAAUUUGCUUUAUGCUUAUUUUAUUAUUACUGCAGUAGUUGACUUUGCUGUAUGGAAAAAUAAAGUGAAAUUGCCCUAAUAAAACUUCUCUUUCUUAAGUA